GUUAGGCAGGGGGGCUUCAGGGUGGGAGACCCCCGGAGGCAGGAUGAGUGAAUGGGAUUCCUUUGGCAGAGCUGCUAAUCCCUCCUAAAUAAUUAAGCUUGGGCAGCUGCUGCUCUUCUACCUGCACCCCCGGGGAUUGUUCUGUGUGUGAGGGGGGGGGGCGGUAGGUAGAGACAGGCUGUCAUUGACGUCACUUCCUCCACCCACCCCAUCAGUCCAGGAGCAAUAUAAGGCAGCAUUAGGGCUUCUGCCUCCUUUGCCCAGCUCCCCAAGCCUGGGUCCAACCUAUGGAGCGCUGAGCAACAGCAGGCCCAGGAGUAACCGACCACUCGGCCCACCAUGCUUCAGCCUGGCCUCCUGUCCCUGCUGCUGUUGCUGGGCCUGGCUGGUGCUGCACCUCUCUCGAAGCAGGAGGUGAGCGGGGUCACUCGAUGCUUUGAAGAGGCCCUCAAAGACAAGCUAACCCAGGGGGGCCCUCGGGAGGCUCCCUGCACGCAGCUGCUCCAAGAAGAUGAGCAGCUCGCGUCCCUACUCCGGACCUUAGAGGAGCUCAGGCACCGAGAAAUCUCCAAGCACCACCUGGGGCCCGAGAGUGCGGCAGAGAGAGAGGAGCAGGAGGAGGCAGAGGAAGAGGAUUUCAGGAAGAAAAAGAGGCGCCCAGGGGAGGUUGAGGGAGAGAAGAGGUUGGGCCAGGAGGUGAGGGAGGAGAAGGAAGAGGAGGUGAAGGCCAAAGAAAAGUCAGAGAUCCGGGAACAGGAGGUCAGGGGUCAGGCCAGGACUCAAGAGGAGGACAGGAGGAAGAGGAGGGGACCAGCUGAGGCCUGGGUCUCCCAAGAGUCCUUCGAGGACCUCAGAAAGCGCAGACCAGAGGGGGCCCGGGGUUCUGAGGAAGAGGAGACAGAGGCCUGGGGCCAGGAUGUGGAGAAGCGGAUGGCUGAGAAGGCCAGCGACGAGGAGACAGCCCAGUUUGAGGAGGAGAAGGGGGUGAGGGUGUUGGGUGGGGGCCGUAGCUCGUGGCAGGGGGCUGGCCCUGCCCACAGACAGCACCACCACCAGCCCCAUCCUGAGCAGGAGACAGAAGAGGAGGAGGAGGAGGAGGCAGAAAAGAAGGUGAGCCAGGAAGGCCAACAGACCACUGGGGACAAUGGCACGGAAGGUGGCCCGUGGAGGAUGGAGGAACAACAUGAGCUGGAACGUCUGGAGCAGAUGGGGGAGGAGCUGAAGAGGGCAGCGGAGGCACUAGGCAGGAGGGGCUGAGGAGUAAACGUGCCCUGGCACCUGCCCCCCCCACACACCCCUGGCUCCUCUUGGCACGUGUGCUAUGAAUCAAUUCCUGCCCUUCUUGCUCAUACCCAGGAGCCCCUCCCCAGGUGGUGGGGGGAGGAGGCAAGAGAGGGUCACCAUGGAAACAGACCUGAGAAAGGGACGGGGUCAGAAACUUCUGUGCCCCUCGAUCCUUCCCCCAGGUCCCCCCUCCCCCCCAACGUGAAUAAAGCACC